AUGAUUGGUGUAGGGUUGCACCUCGGCUCGAACUUGCUUGGCCGCCCCCAAAGUCCAGGGGUCUGCCUUGCUGUUCAUAUCGACGUGGAAAUAGUGCGGCUUCAAGAUAUGGUUAUCACUUCUUUACCUGAGCAUUCACAGUGCAGACAUGUUCGGAAUGGCAUAUUCAGGAAGAUCCAAGUCAGCCUUGAGGACCCACGCCGCCUUGAGUCCAAUGAAAGGCUCCACCUUCACACGAUGGAGAACACUGCCAUUCAUACUGCCCAACAGAUCGUCAAAACCGGCUACGGCCAUCUAGACGACGACCCACUUGGAUAG